GUAAUUAUUGUUUGCAAGAUCCAAAUUAAUUAGAAAAUUUGCAGUGUCUCAAAUGCCCUAUAGGUUCUAAAAAUUGUUAUUCAAAUAUCAUACAGUUAUAAAAUGGGUAUUGGAGUAAGAACUAAAAUUCAGACUAAAUUUACUAAUGUAUUAACCCAUAAAUUUGUAUCCCUGAAGACCCUUCAAAUAAGUUUGGAUGCUCAAUAGGACAUGUAGGAGCUAUUUGUGAAUCUUGUGAUUCUUAUGGAAUUGUUUGGGGAUCAAAAUACGGAAGAAGUAAUG